AUGGAUGCCGAAUUAAAUGAAAGUGUGCACGUCGAUGACACCAAAAAGGAAAUUAAAAAGAGAAAAAAAAGAAAAAAAAAAAUUAUAAUAAAUGUUAAAAAAAAAGUUCCUAAAAAAAAUAUAACGAUAAAUGAAAAUGUGAUCAGCGAUGCCACGGAAAUGGAAAAUUCGAUAAAUAAGGAAAUUUUGGACAUUAGUAUAGAUAAUACAAUUAACGCUAGUAGAGCUAGUACACUUGACGCUAGCAGAAGUAGCACAAUUAACGCUAGCAGAAGUAGCACAAUUAACGCUAGCAGAAGUAGUACAAUCGAUAUUCCUCAAACUAGUAUAUCCAAUAGUAAAACAAAUUAUAAAAUGAACACUAAAAAAGGUAAUCGUACCCCUAAGGAUAAUCAAAUCGCCAAUUUUUUUGGAAGGGAAUACAACGCUAAAGAGAUAAUGCGAUGCCAAAUAUCCGACUUCCUUCUAAAACGGUGA